AAUCCGUUUGAGGUUUAGAGAUUAGCGUUUAAUCUGAGGAGCUGGGAACGAGAGUGUGAUUGGAAGUUACUGCUAGCCAUAUGGUUAGCUCGAGUGGGCGGGUAGAUCGCGCAAUCGCUGUUGUCAGACGACAGGACAUAUGUUUAUUAAGACAAUUCGGCGCGGUUCGGCACGUUAUUAUUAUUAUGCCGAACUGACUCACGAGUGUGUGGCUAAACUGGCGAGUUGACGUUCUGACUCCGAAAAGUGGAAAAUCGGAUUAACGUUCAAGAUUGCGCACCAAACCCUAAUCAUCUUGUGUCGGUGGCUCCCGUUGCUUCGAGCUCAAGCUAUCUCAUCGAGGACGGUUUGCAGCUAAUAGACAGUUUAAUGUCAGCAGGGAAACACCGGACUCGAUUCUACUAGUUUAUCCGCGCACGACGGUGAUUGUGUUUCUGUCAGCGAGGGGGGAAAGCGAUCGAGUCGGUGUCUGCUGGCGAUGUUAUUAUGCUGCCCUGUGAUUCGUGUGCCCAACUGUUGUUCAGUGUUGACUAAAUUAGCCGUGUUAGCGUGUUAAACUGGUUCUUCGGUGUGAAUUUUGAGCAGUUUUUCAGACUCCUCCGAGUCGCUGGCCACUUCGCGAUCUCUCUCCUCGCUCUGACUGGCAGCAGCAAACACGGAGGAUAUCUUUACUCGUUUGCUGGCUAAUAAAUCCUGACUGAACUCUGAGAAGAUGUCGACGAAAGAGCCGAAAGAAAAGCUGUCGACCACCGAGCGAAUCAUUAAAACAGUGCCACUGCCUCCUCACCAGCGGCUGACAAUAAAAGACCUAUAUGUGGACGGCAAGCCCAAUACUGAGCUGCUGAAGAACCAUUUGAUCAAAGAGGGACGUGUGGAGGAGGAUGCUGCGCUGCGCAUCAUAAACGACGGUGCCAACAUCCUACGGCAGGAGAAGUGCAUGUUAGAGGUGGAGGCACCAAUUACUGUGUGUGGUGAUGUUCAUGGGCAGUUUUUUGACCUCAUGAAGCUCUUCGAAGUUGGUGGUUCUCCCGACAACACACGCUAUCUGUUUCUGGGCGAUUAUGUAGACAGGGGAUACUUCAGUAUUGAGUGUGUGCUGUUCCUGUGGACACUGAAGAUCAACCACCCCAACACCCUCUUCCUUCUCAGAGGGAACCACGAGUGUCGGCACCUCACAGAAUACUUCACCUUUAAACAGGAAUGUAAAAUAAAGUAUUCAGAGAGGGUUUAUGACGCAUGUAUGGAGGCCUUUGACUGCUUGCCUCUUGCAGCUCUUCUAAAUCAGCAGUUCCUCUGUGUUCACGGUGGUCUCUCGCCAGAAAUCAACUGCUUAGACGACAUUAGGAAAUUAGACAGGUUUAAAGAGCCCCCGGCAUUUGGGCCUAUGUGUGAUUUGAUCUGGGCUGACCCGGGAGAGGACUACGGCAGUGAGAAGACGGCAGAGCACUUUAACCACAACUCCGUCAGAGGCUGCUCCUAUUUCUUCAGUUAUGCAGCUGUCUGUGACUUUUUGACAAACAAUAACCUGUUGUCAGUAAUUAGAGCGCAUGAAGCACAAGAUGCAGGGUACAGGAUGUACAGAAAAAGUCAGACAACAGGCUUCCCUUCAUUAAUUACUAUUUUCUCAGCACCAAAUUACCUAGAUGUCUAUAACAACAAAGCGGCUGUGUUAAAAUACGAAAACAACGUCAUGAACAUUAGACAGUUCAACUGCUCUCCUCACCCGUACUGGUUGCCCAACUUCAUGGACGUGUUUACGUGGUCAUUACCAUUUGUGGGCGAGAAAGUGACUGAGAUGUUGGUGAAUGUCCUGAAUAUCUGUUCUGAUGAUGAACUCAUGUCAGAGGGAGAUGACUUGUGUGAAGGUGGAGCUCCAGCUGUUCGUAAGGAGGUGAUCAGAAAUAAGAUCCGUGCUAUUGGGAAAAUGGCUAGAGUCUUUUCUGUGCUCAGGGAAGAAAGUGAGAGUGUACUGACCCUCAAAGGGCUCACCCCAACCGGAACGCUACCUCUAGGAGUGCUGUCUGGAGGCAAGCAGACCCUACAGAAUGCCACCAUAGAAGCAAAGGAGGGUCGAGCCAUCCAAGGCUUCUCCCCAACACGGAAAAUCCGCAACUUCGAAGAAGCUCGUGGCCUGGACCGAAUAAACGAACGAAUGCCGCCUCGGAAGGACGGCCAGAAACCUGACGGUACCACAGUUAACGCUGCCAACGAGAAGAACGGCACUGACGGGAACGUGUAAGGGGAGAUUUUGCACUUUUCCUCUCCUCCAUAUAGGAUUUUCUCUUUUUCUGCCACGUUCUCCAUGAGACAGACCCUUCAACUGCCAGAUCCUGCAGGGGAGAUGUGGCCUGGGAUGUGGAGAGGAAUCAUUCCACAAUCAGAGAGAGAGAAAGAGAGAAAACACUUAUAACUAAGUACAAACAUGAGAUUUUAUUUAUUAAAUGAAGCGUAUUAGAUGUACUUGAGAUAGCAACAUUUUAAAAACGAGUGAACAUUGGAAGUACAAAACAAACAAACAAAAAAAAAAAAACAAAACAAAAAAAAAAAAAAAUCAGGAAUACAGUCACAACGUGUCAACCUUUAAACCGCAACUACAGUUCAUAACUUGAGAAUGGAGUUUAAGAUGCUUUGAAAUCUAGUUAAUCCCAGUUUUUUAUUAUUAUAUGUCAUGAUGUAUUUGGCAAGGGAUGGUUUGGUUGAAUAUAUUGAUGCAUGUUUAUCAAUAAAUAUGUCUGUAAGGGAUUUAUUAACGCAGAACAAACCUAAGGGAAAGGCGUUAUAUUGCAAGUUCAAUUGAAACUAUUUUAUAUCUAUAAAAUAAGUAAAACUCUUUUAAUAUUACUGUUUCGAGCAAAAUUCUGACUAAAUAAUAGCUGCUUCCGUGGUUUUUUGUUUCUUUAUAGCAUUUAUAAAUGUCUUUUUUUUUUUUAAAUACAGCACUCGAGUCUUGCCAGAUGUAAGUAGCCAUAACAUUGAUCUUAAAUAGAAGUUGUUUGAUUCUAUUUGUGAGUGGGGAAAAGACUAAAAAGCAAAGCAAGUCUUAUGAAAUCACUGUCACAAUCACAUAACGUAACUUCUGCAUCUCUUUUGGAAGUUAUUUUUGGUUUUUCAGAGCUGUCAUUUGACAAGCCUUCAAGACGAGACUCGUUUCCCUCAAUUCGUUUUUGCCUGUUUCUUAAAAUGUUAGAUGAGAUUGGCAUGCAAACAAACUGUUUUAUUUGUUAAUAUCUAUAUAUACAGUUGAAUCUGUUAGUAUGCCUAUAAGCUCAUGUACACAUGUAACAGCCAAUGUGGGAUGUGUGAAGUUGCUUUGAUUGACUUAAAAGCCAAAGUCUUCUCUUUUUUUGUGCUGUGAUAAGUUAACUGCCAGAGCUCUAACCGACCCCAUUUUAGGAUAUGGCGGGAAGGUAAUGGGGAAAAUAAUUGCACUAAAUGCAAGUGGUUGUAAAUAGAGAACACCUAAUACAUAAAGCCGAAGCAGGAAGUCUUAUUUCUUUAAAGAAUGUUCUCCAGACUGUCACUUACUGCAAGUAUUCAACUUUCACUGAGAAAAUGCUCGUACAGAUUAUCAAUUUCAUCUGGUUUGCGCUUGAGACGUUAACAAAGCAUGCCGAGUUUGAUAAAUGUGUUUGAGCUGUAACACUACGUGAGGUAUUGUGGAAGGGAUUUCUUUCUCUUUUUUUGUGGCUGCUGCUUGUUUAGAGGAAGUUGUGGUUUGUCUCCACCUAAUGUCGAGAAACAGAAUUUCAAGAGAUUAUUAAGAAACAACAUUUCAAUUCGAUUUUUUUUUGUUGAUUUUUAACUAGAGCAGCAGGUAUAGUCAUGAUGUUGAAUGUCUGACGCUAUGCACACGAGCAACCCGCCACAUUUAUCAGGUCAUUUGUGAGGAAGCAUUUGAAAAUUUUGUAAAAUGUGUUUUAUUUUGACUUUUUGUUUUUAAUACAAGAGCGGUUCUUUUUAUGAGACUCAUUUUACAGCACUAUUACAGUUCUAAAGCAUUCAAAUCUAAUAAAAUGGCCAAUAUGUUGUGCUCAUCUUUAGGUGUAUGAAUUCACAGCUUUUAACAGAAAUAAAUAUGUGAUUCCAGUGCAAGCUUUUGACAUACAGCAUUUCCUAAAGUGUGUGUGCGCGUGUGUUUUGCAGGAUUAAAUCAGUGCAGUAUGUCUGUGGAAGGGAAAAUUCGCUACAUUUAUUUGCAUGUAUUUCAACUGAUUCCAGUGAGCGGACUGAAAUGAAGCAGCUGAGCUGGGAUCAGUUUUACGGUUUUCCUUGAAUGGUUUAACAGGGUGUGGCCUGCUCGUUGUAUAAUGGCAACCUUAAGUUCUAGAGGAGGGAAGGGGAAGUUUGAAUCUCUUAAGUUUCUGUUUUGCAUUCAGCCUGAGUGUUAAAGAGCUGAAAUGUUGAGUAUUAGGCCUUCGCAGGCUCAGAGACUCAAUUAAGUCCCUGGCACACAUCUGUGGGAAUGUAUAGAGAUGUUGUUUAUGCACAUUUAUAGCAUAAUUAUAAUUACAAUAUGGGGAUUUCAUUGAACAAUCCCUUCGUCAAGUACUUGUAAUGCGAGGCCACCAUAAAUUCUUGAUAUUCUGUAGAUGUAUCAGUUAAGAAGACAAAUAAAAACUGAAAUACUGUCGA